GUCAGUCCUCUCCCCCCAUAUAAAACCCAAGCCGCCCCAAAACCACUCACUGUCUAAGCUUCUGCAGCAGCAUCAAAACCCUUAGCCGCCCCCAGAGCUGCAGAUCUCGCUUCUCUCUCACUCUCCGACUACCAUGACUUUCAAGCGCAGGAAUGGCGGCCGCAACAAGCACGGCCGCGGCCACACCAAGUUCAUCCGCUGCUCCAACUGCGGCAAGUGCUGCCCUAAGGACAAGGCUAUCAAGAGGUUCUUGGUGAGGAACAUUGUGGAGCAAGCUGCGGUCAGAGAUGUGCAGGAGGCUUGUGUCUAUGAGCAGUACACUCUGCCGAAGCUGUAUGCUAAGAUGCAGUACUGUGUGUCGUGUGCUAUUCACUCUCACGUUGUGAGGGUGAGGUCUCGCACCAACAGGAGGAACCGUGAGCCACCAGUGAGAUUCAUCCGACGCAGGGAUGAUGCCCCAAGACCUGGAGCACCUGGACAGGGACCCCGACCUGCUGGAGCUGGUGCUCCUGCUCGUACUUAAAUGAGCAUAUGAAGCCUCCUAUAUGUUUGAUGGUAUCUGUUUAGCUACACAACUCGCUGGACCUCAGUUUUGUGUAGUUAGUCUUUUGUUAUGGCUUUUAUUUCAACUCCAGGAUUUAAACUGUUGUUUGUGGAAGUUUUGCUGUGCUGAUAAUGCAACUUAAAAUAGUUAAUUGA